CGGCUUAUAUAAUAGCUAUUGACCAAUUCAAAAUCCGAGGGAUUCAAUGUAUUUGAUUGAUCAACAUUUUGGGCAAGAAAAAAGGACCAACUCAUCUUUUUGACAAAUUCAUGUCAUCUCUUAUGUGGCAAAUGAAUAACUGAUAAGUAACAUCGUCCAUGUGUCGACUUUUAUCUUCAGGAUCUAUAAGGAGAACUUCGAUUCAAUUCCUUUUUCUUCUCGUAACGGUUGCAAUCUCCAGUAUUGCCAUUUACCAUGGUGUUUCAGCAAUGAUUUUUUUUGUGUCCGAACAUGUCUCGACGCUUUGAAAUCCAGCCAUGUGAUUCAUCGAAGAGAAAUAAUGUCGUCAAAACAAGUGAACAAUAUGAUAUUCGAGCGGGCACCAACCUUCAUCUCAAAGGCUUUAUCAUCGGAGAGGUCACCACCGUCAGUAUUUGUGUCAACCAUGGAGAGAUCAGUGCUCACCCCCUCCUAGCCUGCUCUAACCCUGAUCAAUCUCAUGCAACUUUUCCUGUUAGCAAUGAUCAAAUGAAGCAACACGUUUUUAGAGCCUUCAUGAAUGAUCCUGAUGACGGAAAAUAUUAUUUAGAUAACUUGGGACACCCAAGGGUCGACCUGAGUAUCGCCCAAAGUUCGGUAGAGAACGGACUUACCACGUUCAAAUGUCGACUUUGCUUUCUUUGUCUCUCAACAGAAACCAAAAGUCCCAUUUGUCUUUUAGGCUAUGGAAGGCAAGAGAACUUGAAAAAAUGGAGCCUCCAAAUUACAGCCAAACGGGAUGAUAUAACCGUCCUCAUCGAAUCCAUUCCCAUUCAAGUUCUGCGCUAUCCACGGGCCAAUCGACGAAGCAUUCGUCGGAAACGAUCUCCUUGUUCCUUGAGCGACUCCCAAAGCUCUGGAUCUCCUCCUUCAAGGCACUCCAUUGACACUCCCCCUCCCUUAGAAGUAAACUUUGCUUCGAUUGUACAACAGCCUUUUUCAAAAGUGAUAGAGAUGAGGUCACCUGUCGAUUGGACUCCAUUUGCAGAUGCCUUUGCCAGUCAAAGUUUCAACCUGGAUAUUCCUCAAAUAGAAGCUAUUGGAGCGCCAGAUCGUCAAGCUUUAAUCCAAAGUCUCGUUGAGAGGAAGCGAGAAGUUCAAAAAGAAGAGCUGAAAAAAUACGCGGACAUGCUACAACACUGCCCUUUGGAUUUGCUUAAAAGACAUCAUCCUUAAAGUUGUUCAACUUUGGCCGUGGAGAGGAACAUGUCUUGUGCCAUUGAAAGAUUGAACUGACAAACGAAUGUCUUACCAAAUAAUAUUUCAGAUAAACAUUAAUUCACUUUUGGAUUACAUUGUGGGUGUUUCUUUUA